AUGAGCUCCCAAGCAAUUCUUCCGUAUUUUCCAAUGGGGUUACUCGGACCCGCCCAAAAGAAUAAUGGAGCUCAACUCAACUCCGGCGUCUGGGCAAGCCCUGUCUCACUCUUGGGUCAACAAAAGUGGGAGAAGACUCAUGAAGUCGUUCAAGACCUGGAGGAAUUACUGGCCUUCUGCCGAGUUCACUGGCACCCAAUAUUCCACUAUGUCGAAGAUAGCAUGAAUGCCAGAACCGCGACGUGGCCCUUGUGGCCGGGACACAGACGAGGAUUGCUCACCCAGGCAAGUCUGAUUGGUUUCUAUGCGCAUGAAACUGUGACAACCCUCCCAACUAUUGGGUUCAGUGGUGUGGAUGGUGAGACUGGCAUGAGCUUGCUUCAAGAGGAGCCCCCGUCUACAAGGCAGAGAACGGUGGUUCCCUCUGAAAUGGGAUCGCCCUGGUUGUCGGAGGUGGUUCGACCGCUCAAACACGGCCAAUUGGGAUUCGUCCGAAGUUCUGCGGACACCUUAUUUCCCAUCACCCCGUUAAUUGAGCUCUAG